AUGGUGUUAAUUAAUGGUGUUAAAUAUGCUUGUGAAAGAUGUAUUCGUGGUCAUAGAGUUACAACUUGUACUCAUACAGAUCAACCUUUAACUAUGAUUAAACCAAAGGGAAGACCUGCUUCUCAAUGUUUACAUUGUAGAGAACAAAGAAAGUUGAAAAAUUUACAUAUUAAUUGUAAUUGUAAAACUAAAGGACACUCUUCAAAUUGUUUUAAAAAUCCUAAUGGUUGUACUUGUUAUCAAAAUCAUAAAAAUAGGCAAAAGAAAAUUAUAAAUAAUCAAAUUAGUCCGGCUAUCGAUAGUAGUAAUAGUUCAAAUGAUGAAAAAAUCGGUAGUGGUGAAACAAAUGGAAUGAUAUUUGAUUCUUUAAAUACUUCAGUUGAUGAUUAUUUGAUGGAUAAUUCUUUACUUAAUUUCCAGAAAAUCUUUGAUAAACCUUUGACUGAUGAUGAUUUAGGGAACAUUAAUUUUAAUGAAUUAGAUACUUCAAAAUAUGAAAGUCUGAAUAUUUUUGAUAGUAACAUAAAUGAAAUUGAUUUAAAGGAUAGUGAUUUUGUUAAAAGUGAAGAAAGUGAUGAUGUUUCAAGUGAUAUUAAAUUAAACACUGUAUCGCCAACAUAUUUUCCGUUAUUUCCUUUGGUUGGUGGAGGGUCUUUUGAAACGAGUGAAUCAAUGCCUAUGACUUCAAUUCCUGAUGAUAUGAAAAAAUCUUUAGAUACCCCUAAUCAUAGUUCCCCAAAUCUAACUCAUCAUAAUAUUCCGAUGAAUGCUAUUAAUAUGAAUCUGUCACAUAAUCAUAGCGUCAACGGUAGUAUAAAUGGAUCUAAUAGACCAACAAGACCGGCAUCGGUUUUAUCAAUAAAUUCAAAUAAUUCCGUUGAUAAAUUUGAUGCAUUUCCCCCUUCACUUCAUGCAAGUUCCAGUACUACCAACCUCAAGUCAAUUAAUUCUACUCUUGGUAGAUCUAAUAGUGUAAAUUCUAAUCAAAGAUCAAGUAGAAAUAAUUCCAUCACCAAUUCAAUCCAAAAUACUCAUACUUUACAUGGUUUAAAUAACCCAAUCAUGGAAACUAACGAAUUUUACGUUUCUGAUGAAGAUAUUGAACAUUUUUUAAAUGAUUUGAAUAAUAAAAAUGAAUUUUUUAAAUGA